GUUGUGUCCAUCAACGUGGAUAUGAAGUGUGAUUGGUGGUUGUGUUGGUGUUGGCACUGAUUGGUGGUUGUGAUGAGUAGAGCUAAGCGUCGAUUGGUGGUUGGUCACUGAUUGUAGAGCUCUCUUUUGAUUGGUGGCUGUGCUGAAUUAUGAUUGGUCGCUGUGACAGUAGCGCUCCUUUCUGAUUGGCGGUUGUAGUGGUGGAGCCCGCUUCUGAUUGCUCGCCGUGACAGAGGGGCUCGCUGCUGAUUGGUCGCUGUGUUGCCGUGAAUCAGCUGUUCCUGGACUCGCCGCCAUCGCUCGACACCUCCACGACCCCGCGGCCCAAAGACGAAGAUCGAAGAGUCCGCUCCUCCUCCUCCCUCCUCAUUCUUCUCUACCCCCACCCCUCCCUCGUCACCACCUCCUCAUCCUCGUCUCCAUCCCCGCGCCACCCGCGCCGCCCUUCCUCAGCCGCGCCUCCUCACGGUUAUCAUGAAAGUGAGUUAGUCGGAUGCAAGCAUGGACAUCAAGACGGCGGUGUUCAACGCAGCUCGCGACGGCAAGCUGCGCUUCCUGCAGCGCCUGCUGCGGCACAAGGCGCCGGAGGAGCUGCGCGGCCUGGUCACCGAGAAGACGGGGGGCUCCACCCCGCUGCUCAUAGCUGCCCGCUACGGCCACCUGGACGUGGUCCUCUACCUCGUGGAGCACUGCAAUGCCAACAUUGAGCUGGGCGGCUCCGUCAACUUCGACGGCGAGACCAUCGAGGGGGCGCCGCCCCUGUGGGCCGCGUCGGCCGCGGGCCACCUGGCCGUGGUGAAGUCCCUCCUGGCGCACGGCGCCUCCGUCAACAACACCACCCUGACGAAUUCGACGCCGCUGCGCGCCGCCUGCUUCGACGGCCACCUGGAUAUUGUCAAGUACCUCAUCGAGCACCAGGCCGAUUUGGAAGUGGCCAAUCGCCACGGUCACACCUGCCUGAUGAUCGCCUGCUACAAGGGCCACAAGGAGAUCGCGAAGUACCUGCUGGAGAGAGGCGCCGACGUGAACCGCAAGAGUGUCAAGGGAAACACGGCUCUGCAUGACUGUGCCGAAUCGGGGAGCCUGGAGAUCAUGAAGAUGCUGCUCAAGUACAGCGCGCACAUGGAGAAGGAUGGUUACGGGAUGACGCCUCUCAUGGCAGCCAGCGUGACCGGCCACACCAACAUUGUGGAAUAUCUGAUCCACAACCCGCAGACGUCACGGGAGGAACGGAUCGACGCAUUGGAGUUGCUGGGUGCCACAUUUGUAGACAAGAAGAGGGAUUUAUUGACAGCCCUCAAAUACUGGAAAAAAGCCAUGGAAAUGAGGUACUGUGACCGCACGAAUAUCAUCCACAAACCGGAUCCCAAACAGCUCGUGGCAGCCUACGAUUAUGCCAGAGAGGUGGCGAAUGCUGACGAGUUGGAUGCACUGAUCGCCGACCCUGACGAGAUGAGAACUCAAGCGUUGCUCAUUCGAGAAAGAGUUCUCGGCCCAUCUCACCCCGACACCUCGUAUUACAUUCGCUAUCGCGGGGCCGUGUACGCCGACUCUGGGAACUUUGAACGCUGCAUAAAGCUUUGGAAGUACGCGCUCGACAUGCAGCAGAAGUACCUGGACCCGCUGAGCCCCAUGACGGCCAGCAGCCUCCUCUCCUUUGCCGAGCUUUUCUCAUUCAUGCUUCAGGACCGUGCCCAGGGCCUCUUGGGAACGACGGUGGAUUUUUAUGAUCUUGUGGGAAUACUGAUAAAAAGCGUGCUGGAGAUAGAGCGUGGGCUCAAGCAUCUCCACCACACCAGUAGCCCGUCGCCGAUGGAACGAGACCACGGCCCCUUCAACAAAGCCCUAUCCAUCAUCCUGCACCUUGUGUGCCUGCUGGAGAAGGUGCCAUGCGACGCGGAGCAAGACUUCCUGAAGAAGCAGACGGUGUACAAGCUGCUGCGGCUUGACCCCCGGGGCAAGAACGGCUUCACGCCCCUGCACCUGGCCGUCGACAAGGACACGACGGCGGUAGGCCGCUACCCCGUGUGCAAGUUCCCCUCGGGCCCUGUCACGUCGUUGCUUCUUGAGUGCGGCGCCGACAUCGACGCCUGUGACCUCGACGGGAACACGCCGCUCCACGUGGCGGCGCUCAACAACAACUCGGACAUCAUGAAGCUUCUCCUCGAUAACGGAGCCCACUUUGACAUGGCGAAUGCGGCCCGCCGCACCUCGUACGAGCUGCUGGAUGAAAAAGAAAUGGCCAAAAAUCUCAUCCAUCCUACCUGCCACGUGACCCUGCAGUGUCUGGCUGCGCAAGCCCUUAUCGGACACAAAGUGACAUACAAGGGGAAGAUUCCCAGUAUACUGGAGGCCUUUGUUCAACUACAUUAAUAAGGUGGCAUGUGCUUACUGCUUCCGUUACCCGAGUAACAAUACGUCCAAAGGUGCUGAAAUGAAUAUAGUGUGCACAUUACUUUGAUACAGAUUUAAAUAUAAAAAAAAUCAGAACGUAAAAUUCUAUGAGACAUUGAUAUAUACGUAUAUACUGUAAGGAUCUCUUUGGUGUAAAUUGUGGAUGUUAAAUACAGCUAAGGCUGUGGGGAAUUUAACUUUGAAUGCUCUGCAACAAACGACUGCAUUUGCUAAGCACACUUAACCCGUCGGUGAGGAUAUGCAUUCCACAUCCCAUUAGUACUGUAACAUCACCUUCAGUUUACAUUUUGGUUGAGUUAAACCCCGUUGAAGUAAAAUUUGCAAGAAAUGAAAAGCCUGAUCACCAGCCAUCCGCGUGCGAUUGUACGCAUAAUUUUACAUCACCGCGUAUUCCUUAUGUCGUUGGGUUACACAUUUGUCGGCGUUGCAGGAACUAAUGAAAUGUCCCCCGUGGUUUAGCCAACAUUGUUAUAUUUUUGUACACACUUAAGAUGUGUGCCUGACUAUCCGUAGUUUCCACUCUUAGCUCGUCUGUUGACAUGAAAUGAUUUGAACGGGCAGGAGGGAAGAUGCAUUGUGACAAUAGAAUGGAGUUACCGAUGGGAUCUCAUCGAGGCCUAGAUGCGUGCUCACGUGCGUAUUUUUUCCACGUUAAUAGCGUCGUGUUACUGCAUUUGAGGUAUUUUUACGUGACGCGCUAUAAGGAAUUACAUUGACAUUUUAUGCACCGAGUAAAGCGCGAGUUUUACAAUAAUGUAAUUCUCAUUGUAAUUGAACAAAUUUAUCCCAGUAUCUUUUUGCCGACGAGUCCUUUUUCAAUAUUCUGCAGUAUUUUUGUUAUUGCUUUUAUUAAGCUCCAUUUUAUGAGCAAUCUCCCUGCAGGCAGCCGUAUUUUUUCUGAAAUGAACCAUUUUGCUAUGGUUAGCUAGGUCCUGAUGGAAGGCUUAAGACCUCUAAUGUGCACAAACAUUAAACAUUAUAUUGCUUUUUGUACCUUUCAGCUUUUGCAGUGGAGCCCACAAUAUCAGGCCUUUUGAUGGUGCAAAUACCAUACUAAAGCCUACCGAAAGAAGGCAACUUGUGCAAAUAAUGUGCUUAACAAAGCUGCAAACAGAAAAACAACCCUGUAAAUAGCAUGUAAACAGUCGUCAUUGUAAUUACAUCUGUUCUCAGGCCAAGAAUGUAAGUAUAUUACUGUACGUAACAAUGUGUUGCUAUUUAGGUUCAGUCUAAUAGAGCACUAUGGAUCCAUAGGUGAAACAAAAAGAAACAACAUUUCCUGAGUCUGUUCAAAAUGACAAUUGGCAUGAACCAAACCUUGUGAAUAAAACGGUGGCAUGCGAGGAGGAGACGCACGCGCGGCACAGGGAACCGCGCGGCUCGGGCGCGCGUGUGAAGCAGCAUGUCGUGUGAAGCGUUUAAAGUGCACUACAGCGGGGGGGGGGGGUGGGGGGUAACGGGUGUUUGGUUCCACGCUGAUGUGGCCAAGUUGCAAAACAUGAGAGGUUGCAAUGUCUGGCCAAUCUGGGUCGUGUAGACCCUUGAUAGCCCCGCGGAAGCAAGAUAAUUAGUUGAAUAAGUCUAACUCGCCAUUUAAGCAUCCUUUUGCAUUUUUUUAAAUGAAAUCCCUUAUUUCUAUUUAACUUAGAAUACUGCAAGUUAAACUAUCUUUAAUUUUUUUAACAUGCUCAUCUCUAUCAAUGAAACAUGCGUGAGUGUUUUGUUGUUGCCUAUACUACAUGUGAAACAAUCUGCCCAAUGCUAACACCACAAGAUUUCUAAUGUUUAACAAAUGAUCUUAAGCAAGAAGUUCCCUGUAGGCUGAUGGCCAGUGACUUUUACUCACCACCAUAAAAGUUUGAUUCCAUUCAUAUUUGUAAAAGGCACCAACCACAUUGUGUGCGAGUUUAAAACACAUUAACAUUAUUCUUGGUUACGACUCUGCUCAGCAUUGCUUUCGGCUCAUGUCAGUCGGCUCCAAGUGUGGUUCUAACUACACUCAGCUGAGCCGAGCCAUGGCUGAGCCACCCCACCCCCGAGCGUCUUUGGAAGCAUCUGAGUGGCACCAGCCUGAGCUGAGCCGCGACUGAGCAUACGGCUCUCAUCAUUGUCCAUUGCUUCUGUUACUCAGGGAUCCGAGAUGCUGGGUAUUGGCGGAUACAGUUUACUAUUCUGUUCGCUGUUCACAUCUUUGCUUUCUGACCCAUGUCUCCUGAAUCCUAAGACUCUUAAACAUAGUACCGUACUGUGCAGGCACCUUACUCGUGCGCUUAACAAUGUGGAUAUGUGGACAUUUGGAGGCUGUAAAGGUGUUCUUGAUCUGAUUAGGCGAUCCAAUUGAGUCAAGAAAGCCGGCAGUUCCGUCAGACCAAACUACUGCACUUUACACUCAGGCUGGUGACAAUUUCUCAUCGCGAUCAGUUAUCACUUUGCUGAACCUUGCUUGGCAUCAAUUUCUGAACCAAGACUACAUACGAGCCGAAUUCCCGCAGUUGGGUUUCCAUGGCAUUAUACAUUGAAAAUAAAUCUGCUUGGAGUUUCCUGUAAGUUUGCUCAUGAUUUUUCUGACCAUAUUAAAGAAUGCAUUUUAUGAUUCUACAUUUAUUGAGAGGCUACGUUGGCGCUUACAUUGGGUAUCUCUUGUGUCCUUACGUUUUACAAUUUUGCACGAUUGAUAGAAUACAUUAAUUAGAUGACAAGUUUCACAGGUCGGGUUUGAAUCUCCCUGUAGCAGAAGGAGCUAUGCAUGGUUUCACAGUUGCAGUCUUUGUCGAGGCUGAUUGGCUGGUGUGAACAAUCACAUCAACUUCAAAAAGGCAUUUUCCCCGAAUUGCCCAGGCAACUUGGGCAUUACUCAUUCUUAUACAUCUUAUCAAAUUUAAAUUGAACGAUCUCAUCCUUGUGAUGCGCCAAUUUUCUUCUCGUGAUGCGUGGUCAACGCUUUAACAAAAGUACAUUAUCGUCAUUGUUCCAUCCAAAUAACCAGACGACGAUCUCUGCACGAGCAACCGGCGAUGUGUAAUAACAACUAAGCCUGUGUAUGCGACCGACCAGAAGUUAUUUCAUCUGCAUGUUCCAUUCAAAUAAAGAGGGCACUUUGGAAUUGUG